AUGUCGUCUUUUGGCAGAGCGGAUUCUGCGAGGAACAGAAUACGUCUACAACUAUUCCACACUCUCCACGUCGGUCCAGACCUCGAUAGGCAACAUCUUCAUGUCCUAUUUUGUUUUUGGUCCGAUUUUUGGAAUUCCAUAAUUCUAGAUCCCAUGUUGGAGAUUCUGUUUCUGGAAGCCAAAAUCUGCGUUGCUCUGCUCCCACAGACUCUGUUCCGCCUUUCUAAGGAGAUCUUUUAUGAGAAGAAGCGGAAGUUGCUGGCGAUUGUGGAGGAAAGCUCGGUAAUCUACCGCUAUUUCUUCAAUUCGUUCGUCUGGACGGGGUAUUUUCUGAGCAAAGGGCAUAACUGGGUUGCAGAGACGGUAACGCUGGCGUACGGCAUUUUAAAGUCCCAGAUUCUGUUCCGCCAUGGAGUAAAACUCUUCAAAAUGAUCAUUUCUUUGUUUACUUCGAAUCUGAUGUAUGGCAAGCGAAUCUCGGUGCAGGAGGCCAUGCAGGAGGGAAACGCGUGUUGUCCGAUCUGCAUGGAGACGGUGAAGUACCCGACCAAACUGCCGUGUGAUCAUGUGUUUUGUGAGACCUGCAUCGCGCAGUGGCUUGAAACGAAUCAGACCUGUCCAGUGUGUCGAAGCAAGCUGAAUCGAAGUGGGGAUUGGAUCCACGGCAAUGGUUCACGUAGUAACGUUUUCUUGUUUAUUUGGAGUGUUUGA